ACUUAAUAUUCCUAAAAUGAUGAAUGUACUUCCGGUUUCAUUUUCGUUAUCAUUUCAUUUUGCAUUUGUCACACUGAAAACAUCGAUUCUAGAAGAUGAACUGGUUUAGCGGAAGUAUUCCUGAUGCCAUACAGAGAUCAAAACGACAGAAAGUUGUGUUUAUUGUUUACAUCUAUGGACAGAAUGACAUGUCUACAGAGAUGGAUAAAGUGUGGAAUGAAACAGAUGUAGUGUCAACUUGCAAUAGCAAUGGAUGUGUAGCUAUUAAAAUAGCAGCUAACAGUGAUGCCUGUGGUCAUUUCUCACAGAUCUACCCUGUUGUGGUUGUGCCUUCCACGUAUUUUAUUGGUGUAAAUGGAGCACCUAUUGAAGUUACUGCUGGACACAAAGGGAAAUCCGACUUUCUUCAAGUCUUACAGAAUGUGCUCAAGCUACACAAUGACCAGUUAACUGCUUCCCAGCAAAAUUCCCCAACAGCAGUGAUACAGCCAAACACAUCCUCACAACAGCACACAGCAGAACCAAGCACAUACACACAGCCAGCCCAGGAGGAAAAACCUCCCCUAGAGGAAAGAGUACAAAAAGCAAAAGGGAAGAUGGAAGAGAGAAAAAUCAACCGAGAGAAAACUGACAAUGAGAAAGAAAAACAGGAAGAGAAGGACAGAAGGAAACUUGGAAAAGACAUGCAGACACUGAAGGAGUAUCAGAAGGAGAGAGAGAUGAAGGAGUCUGUAGAGCAGAUGAGGAAAGAGAAAGCGGAGGAGAAACGUCAGAGAGACAAAAUCAAGGAGCAGAUUGCCAGGGACAGGGAAGAGCGGGCAGCUCGCUUCAGGAAGGAGAAAGAGGAACUACAGCAAGCCCAGGAGGAAAAGAAACAGGCCCAGUCAUCAGUCCGGCAAAAACUCUCCGAGGAGGAGGAAGCCAAGAAAUUGGAGACCGCCAGGAUCCAGGUGCGCUUGCCUGACGGAACCUCAGUAUCAGAUUCUUUUCCUUCGUCCAACGCCCUGCAAGUUGUUCAUUCCUUUGUUACAAAACAUGUUGGUGGCGAUGUGACCCUUUCCACAGUUUACCCCAAGAGGAUUUUUACAUUAGAUGAUAUGUCACAGACCCUGUUGUCUCUAAACCUGGCACCCUCCUCGGUGUUGAUAGCCGUGCCUAGAAAGUCUACCAGCCUAUCCAAACCAGGCAAUGGAGGGGGCGGAAUUCUGGCCCUGAUAUUGGCUCCACUUCUAUUUCUGUGGAACAUGAUCCGCGUUUUCUUGUUUGGUGGAGCUUCACAACCAAACUCUGAGGCUUCUCCACCAGACACUGAGGAAUCUCAGCCGCUUCCUCAGAGAAGUGGCAGGCCACAAACAGCCUACCAGAGGAAACCUCUGAAUCGCACUGAGGGAAAUGUUCGCCGGUUGACAGACAUGAAAGAUGAUGAUGAUGAAAAUGCAACAUGGAAUGGUAACUCUACUCAACAAAUGUAAGAACCAUUCGGAGAAAGCCAUGUGAAUGCAGAAUGAACCAAUGGGAAUUCGGUUUUUAGAAAAUAUGCUUGGACCAAAUCUUAGAUUUUUUUUCUUUCAAUAGAAGUGAUAUUAAGAUGGAUAUGCAUGAACAGUCUUAAGUAUUGAAAGUCAUGUCUAGCACAGACUGUGUGUUGCAUAAAUAAAAACUAAAAUGAACAUACUGAUUAAGCAUCUGUUAAACUGCUAGAGCAGCUUUACUACAAAAUCUCUGACGUCAAGGGUUAUAUCCUUAUAGGGGUUUCCAUCACAAGAUAUGUGUUUCUAAUUUAAGUUAUUUUAGUGUACCAGGAGGAGACAGAAGGUGUUGUUUUUAUAUUUUUUUCCUUUAUCGUUUCAAUAAAUUUGUUAAACUUGA